AUGGCGAUAAAGAAUAAACAGGUUCGCAAAUUACAGCACAUUAAGCGCAAGAGAAAUGAAAGUGCUGCCAAACACAAAUUGCGCCAUGAGCGGAGGAAAGAGGAGACCAAAAACCCGAGUCUCAGAGAAGAACGCCUUGCGCGGUCUGUACCAUUGACGCUGGAUAGAAAACGUACCUGGGAUGACAUAGGAAGUGACGACGAAAACUUGCUCGGAUUGAGCAUUGAUGUGGAGAGACUCAAGAGACAAAAACAAGAAGAAGAUGAGGCCGACAAGGAAGCUUUAAAAGAUAGUCAAGGAGAGGAAAAAGACAGCGAAGAUGAUGAGGUCGACAGUAUGAUCAUGACAGACUCGGACGAAGAUGACGAGGACGAAGAGGACGAAGAAGAGAAUUCGAAGACGAAGCAAAGUCGAAAGAAAACGGUUCCUACCGCUACAGAAAGAGCAACGUCGCCUACACAUUCAACAAGAUCUACGAAUCUCAAUUUAGCACCCGAAGCGCUCGCAGCCAAGUUCCCGGCACUAUUCUUAAACGAAACAAAAACACCCAAAAUCCUCAUCACAACCGCCAUUAAUUCUACCUUGCAUCACGAAGCGAAACUCCUCACAUCUCUAUUCCCAAACAGCGUCUAUAUUCGAAGGACCGCACAUCAUCACGCACACAAAUUCUCCAUCAAAGAAAUCUCCAAGUUUGCCAGCAAUCGCAAUUUCACUGCCCUGAUCGUAGUUAACGAAGACCAGAAGAAGGUUUCUGGCUUAGAUAUUGUCCAUCUACCACAAGGACCCAUGUUCCACUUCUCAGUUUCAAAUUGGAUCGAAGGCAAAAAGCUACCCGGUCACGGUACAGCGUCAGAAGCAUACCCAGAACUCAUCUUGAACAAUUUCCGCAGUCCUCUCGGUAUAUUGACGGCACACCUGUUUAAGUCACUCUGGCCACCGCAGCCAGAUCUCGCGGGACGACAGGUAGUCACGAUACAUAAUCAAAGAGAUUACUGCUUCGUGCGUCGGCAUCGAUAUGUCUUCCGGGAGAAACGAGAAACCGAAAAACCCGUUGUUGACACUGAUGGAAAGGAAAUUAAAGGCGUCGAAGGUAUAAAAACUGGCUUGCAAGAACUAGGUCCCAGAAUGACUUUGAAAUUGAGGCGGGUCGACAAAGGGAUUCAGCGUAGUAGUGGUCAGGAGUGGGAAUGGAAGGGGAAAAUGGAGAAGACGAGAACGAAGUUCCAGCUUUAGUCGUGGUGUUUAUCUAAUAUCGGUACGAUACAACUCAUAUAUUUCCAAUGAGAAUGCA